UACAGUUUCUAUGAUGGCCAGGGAAAGCGUGCUGUGUUAGUAAGCUGUUCACCUCCAAGCUUCUUUGUCGUAAUUGUACAAGGAUACCCAUCAAAGUCAGCUCUCCUGGGGUAAUUCUUAAAGGUAGAUUUACUUGUUAAAACCAUCUAACUAAAGACACUCCAACAAAAGGCAAUCUCUGUUGAGCUUGUGGCGACUAUAGUACGUUUGGUAAAUGUACACCUCUGGCAUGCUUGAUAAUACUCAUGCAGACGGGUGGGUGAUUAUUAAAGUAUGUUCGUCUUUCUUACUGAUUUAUUUGUACUCAUCACAGAUUAUUUUCUAUAUUGAGGGAUUUAGGUGUGAUUAUUUAUCUACAUAGACUGUAUACUGUACAGCAAUAAACAUGAGCCAAGAGGAAAGAAAAGAAGAUCGUUUACAAAGUUUGGGUUAGUUUCACACUAACUGAAAUAAGCUAAAGUGCAACAUGCCUAUUGAAAAGUACAACUGUGUUAAAUAGCGUAAUUCAAACAUUUUUUGUGAGCUUGUUUAAUGUAUAGUUUACAGAGUAGUUAGAACAAAUCCCUGUUCUCAUGGUCAAUGAUAGGCACAUCCAAUGGUGCACUUUUAAUUGGUUUACUGAGAAAGGCAACAGAAUAAACAGAAGAACAUUAUUCACACACUGACACAACUGAUACUUGCGUCACUCAAAGUGGUUUCUAAAAAAUGAAACUACAAAACAAAAUAGAGCAAAACUACAGUAGAGCGUGUACAUGCAGCAAAGGCCAAACUUAGCUUGUCUUCGACUGACCUUGUUUCCUAAUGAGUUGUGUCACUUCAACAUAGUGCUUCCUUAGGCCAAUUUCUGUGCUGUUUUCCUAUUUAGACAGCUCGUUGGCACCAUCAUUUGUCAUCUUGGGACAUUUCAGCAAGAGCACAAAAAAGUAAAUGGGGGAAUUUUUACAAAAUAGUAUAACAUGAAGUGCAUGGAGUGCUACUGGGUGUACAAAGUACUUUGCGAUCGGUUCCACAGAAAAAAAAAGAAAAUAGGUGAAUAGGUGCCAAUGGUUCUUGAUAACUACCAUAUUCUACAAAAAAACACGAAAAUCAAUACUUCCACACACAAGGUAACAAAAUGUGUCUCGCUCUCUUAUUCUACUAUCGACUGUCGUACAGUCCAUGCCAUUGCUUCUCUUGCUGGUGAAUCAGGAGAAAUAGCCUUUCUCUCUUAUGACUAGAAAAUAAAUCUUUCGUUAAAAAAUAAAAGUCUGUUGCACUUGGACACUUUGGGACUCAUUAGAACACAAGUACACGUCCGGUAAACACUGCAGCAACACUUGCUAGUUAUCCACACGAUCCACCUUGUGCAACAACAUUGGUAAUGUGCAGUGACACACACUCAUAUAAUGUUAUCUUCCCGCCAGUUAGUCAUGUCAAGUAGAAUUAACAAGGGUUUAAAAUAAUGCGCAGCCAAUAAAGUAGCAGUAAUGCUGAGUUGUACAAUGAAGUAAUGGUAAACAUGAAUGUUCAGGCACCUGAAUGGUGAAAGAGCAAUGUAAAGCCAGCGGCAGGAAAGCGUGGGGCAAUUAAGGUUGUGUAUCACCUGAUGUAAAUCUCAUCAAUCUGGUCACCAAUUGCGGAAAUGGCCAGAUGCAGUUGUCAUCUGGAUUUGUGGAGGGUAAAGAUUGGACCUGGUGCAUUUUUUCCAGGAUUAUUGAAGAUGGAUAAAUGCAGGGAGGUUAAGAGAAGAAUGUUCCAGUACCUGGCAUUCCUCUCUUAAUCUGGAGUUACAUGGUUGGCCUGGUGGAGUUUAUUGCCAUUUGUCCUCUAUAUAGUUAAACAAACAAGCACACAGUGUAUAACACAAGACAAAAAUACUUGGACGAGUCACAUGCUCACUGGACCAUUCUGGAAAACUGACAAGGGAAAUCCCCUGAUGACGGAUUAACACCUAAAGGAUACUCUAUCUAAAGAUGACGGAAAAAUCAAAUAACACAAAAGCCACAAACCGCCUUAAUCUAUUGGGACUUUUUUUUUUUUUUCCCCCGCAAGGAAUUAUUUGGACAAUGUUUGAUGGCUGGAGAGUUUUGACCUCGUUGGCACUGGAGAUAACAUGCCUAUGGAAUACCUCCUUUCUCAUGCGUGGAACUAUAAGUGUUGGAGGAAAGCACACAGUCAAAAUUUUACCCAUGUCUGGACUGCAUGCAGACACAAGCAUGGACAGAAAACAUGUGAAUCUUUGACAGCAUCUCUUCCCUGCAAACCAUUGACUAGGGAAGAUGGAUUACCAUUGAUCCCAGCGUUUAAAAAUAAGAUUGGAAUGGACUGAAAUGGACUGUUAUCUCCAUCUUUGUGGAAUUUGCAGGAGCUCACAAAGUCACAAGUCUAAAAUGGGAAAUCAGUCAUGGUUAAUUAAAGAUGGACUUUGGGUUUUGGAUAUUUUAUUUUUGAAAGACUAUGAGAUACCUGGAUGGAUCUUUGGACUGAGGUGACUUAUUCAAUAUCUGCUAUUCCUGAGGGUGGAUCCUGUUUACUCAACCUCCUCUAAUUUCUCCUGCCCCGAAGACAAGAAAGCCAACACCCCCCCACCCCCACCCCAGAGUUAACCGCGUUGCUUCAUCCCACCACCACCACCCUCCACUCAUCAUUUUUGCCCACACAAAGUUCUAUCUGCCUUUAUUGUAUUUGGAAUUAUAGGUCAACUUACCACUUUCUCAAAAGGACUUCUGAAAGUAGAGAGCGGGCAUACGACCACGGUGCUUAUGGUCACCACGAGCGUCAAGGAAGCGGCUUUGAACGACAACGGCAUUAUGACACGGACUACUAUGCGAGAGAAAGGACUCUAAGCUCAUCUGGGAAUAGUUCUAAUGCGGCCAUGGGAAACAGUACAACAUUGUCCUCCGGAGUCAGCGGUAUCGUUAAUGCUGUUGCUGGAAACAGCAACAGUGAUUCUAGAACAAGUGGGGCGGCAGGGGCUGCUGCAGGAGCAAGUGGAGGAUCUACAUCCAGCGGGGUUGGUUUCUAUCGCUCUCACAGCAGGAGUCCAUGUCGCUUUGGGACACCAGAGCCUCGUUAUGAUUCUCGGACCAGGGAAGCCUUUACGUUGGCUAGUGUGGUUCACAGGGACCUUUACAGAGAGGACAGGGCUCGACGCAAAGAACGGUCAUUUCGACAGAGUCGCAGUCGCUCUCCACACUCUGCGCAUUCGCGAAACCCCUCCCCCCAGAGGCUGGCAAGCCAGGCUAGUAGGCCUCCACGCUCCCACAGUGGUUCUGGCUCUCGCAGCCGCUCCUCCAGUUCAGACUCUGUCAGCAGCACCAGCAGCAGCACUAGUGGCAGUGAUUCCAGCAGUAGUUCAAGUGAUGAAUCACCAGCACGCUCUGUGCAGUCAGCUGCUAUUCCAGCACCAUCAGCACUUCCUUUAUCAUCUCUUGACAAGGAGGAACCACGUAAAAGUUUUGGCAUCAAGGUCCAAAAUCUUCCCGUACGAUCUACAGAUACAAGUCUUAAAGAUGGCUUGUUUCAUGAAUUCAAAAAACACGGAAAGGUCACAUCUGUACAAAUUCAUGGAGCUUCAGAAGAGCGCUAUGGACUUGUCUUUUUCCGGCAGCAAGAAGACCAAGAAAAAGCUCUUGGCGCAUCAAAAGGAAAGCUUUUUUUUGGAAUGCAAAUUGACGUCACAGCCUGGAACGGCCCCGAGACUGAAAGUGAGAAUGAGUUCAGGCCUUUGGAUGAAAGGAUAGAUGAGUUUCAUCCAAAAGCUACAAGGACGUUGUUCAUUGGGAACUUGGAGAAAACCACCACAUAUCAUGAUCUGCUCAGCAUCUUUCAACGCUUUGGAGAGAUUGUGGAUAUCGACAUUAAGAAAGUGAAUGGAGCCCCGCAAUAUGCCUUUUUACAAUACUGUGACAUUGCAAGCGUGUGCAAAGCCAUUAAGAAGAUGGAUGGGGAGUACCUUGGAAACAAUAGACUUAAACUUGGCUUUGGAAAAAGCAUGCCUACGACAUGUGUUUGGCUUGAUGGAUUAGCGUCAAACACAACUGAGCAAUUUCUUACUCGACACUUCUGCCGCUAUGGACAUGUUGUCAAGGUUGUAUUUGACAGGAUGAAAGGAAUGGCCCUCAUCUUGUAUAACAACAUUGAAUAUGCUCAGGCCGCAGUCAAAGACACAAAAGGAUGGAAGAUAGGGGGCACUAAAAUAAAGGUGGACUUCGCCAACCAGGAGAGUCAGAUGGCUUUCUAUCGUUCAAUGCAAGCAUCUGGCCAGGAUAUUCGAGAUUUUUAUGACAUUCUUUCUGAAAGAAGAGACGAUCGACGCUCUCAAUAUGAGUUCCAAGUGGAAAGACAGUAUUAUGAAAAUACUCGCACACCAGGAACUUAUGCUGAAGAUCCUCGCCGUAAAUACACAAGCAGAAGUCGAGAGUUCUACGCUGAAUGGGAUCCAUAUCAAGGAGAUUACUAUGAAACGCAGUACUAUGACGACACCCGGGAAUAUCGAGAAUACAGAGCUGAUCCUUAUGAGCAAGAUAUUCGUAAAUAUAGUUACCUACAACGAGAACGUGAGAGGGAGAGAGAGCGUUUCGAGACUGAUCGUGGGCGUGACCAUGGUAGGAGAACCAUUGAGCGGAGCCAAAGUCCAUCUCUUGUUACCUCACGUCGUCCUGCAAGCCCAACCGAAUCCCUUUCAAUCUCUGAAAGGAUUGCUAGUGACUCUGAACGCCGAAUAUGUUGCCCCUCUUCUGAGAGAAGUGGUAGCUGCAGUUCAGUCUCUCCGACAAGAUUUGAAAAACUUGAAAAGACUCGUACGGAACGAUAUAUCAAAAUGGACAAAUUUGAAAAGGGUGUUUGUGAAGUAGAAAAGUUUCAUUCUCUUGAAAAGGAGAAGCGCAAUGGACGUAAAGAUCGCAGUGAUAAAGACAAAAGUGAGCGUCAGCGACUCAAAAAGCUCAAAGUAUCUUCACCAAUCACCCAAACGUGCGACACCAAACUUGGAUUUGAGCGAGACGUUAGUCCUGAGUCCUCACUGCCGGGUAAAAAUGGUAAAAUCUUAAAAGAUAGCUCAAGUAGAAGCAAAUUGGAUCUUCUCCCUUGUGUGGUUCAAUUAACGCGAGUGAAAGAAAAAGAAGGAAAACUAAUUGGUCAUGAAAAUCAAAUAGUGAGGGGUGGAAGUGACAGUCCUCGACUUGUCUCACCUUCAGUUGGCCAAAGAAGUCCUCUCUACCGUACAGAGUCAUUGAAAGGAAAUUUAAAAGGGCCUAGAGAUAAAAACAUGCACAGUUUGGGGGAACAUAUUGAUAUAGAUGUCAAAAUAAAGUCCAAAAAACAUGGAAAAUCUCCAUUUGGUUUCGACAGUAGUGUUUCGAUGGAUUUUGAUCGCUUGGCAGCAAGGAAAAGACGCUUUGAGGACUCUAGCAAAAAUGACCAUCUGAAGAGAUUUAGUGAGGAGAACCUUGGUAGGUCUGUCCUUCAUAAGCCUUGGAAUAACAAGGACUCUGAUUUCCAUAAGAAUGUUUUUGUAAAAAGGAUGCAAAAAAAGGAACAGAACAGGGAUAAAUCUGUUCAGAUAUUUUCCCUUAAUAGUCCCAAUGAGGAGCAAGAGUCCGAAAACAACUCAAUAAACCUAACCCUUCAGCUAAACUCCCAGCAAACACUGUCUGAUGCGUCUUUAGAACAACUGGAGACUCCCUUUCCUAAGAUGCAAUUAUUGGGCUUGAAAAGUGAAAAUACCUCCAGUCUCACAAAGACAUCCAGUGAUGGCAGCCUUAAUUUGGAUGAAAUACAAGAACGGAGAGAGGUUUUGUGUGAGAAGGACCAAAGUGGAAGGAAUUGUAGAGACUCUGAAGAUGAAGAACAGUUUGUGCGCUAUGGGCAGACUAAUACCUUUGCAAGUCAAAAAGCUGAACAAGGUGGAUGGCUGCAAGCUAAGCUUUACGAUCUUGAAAAGAGUGGCAAGUGUGGUGACACACCUGUCAAGGAAUCUGAAGAUUUAGGAAUUGUUUAUGUCUCGCAUGAUAUUCGAAAACCAAACCAGGACAUCAAUGAUGAUGGCUUGUCUUUGUGUAAAAGAAAUAAAAUUGAAAAUUUCAAAUCAGAUAGCGAGCAAAACUUGGUAACUUGUCACAAGUUAAAUGAGGUUGUUUUUCAACAUAUAACAACUUCAACAAUUCCCAGUCCUUUAAGCAAGGAAGAGGAAACCACCCAGAUAUCUUUAUCAGGCUUAAACGCAGAUACAAAAUCUUCUCUGACAAAAGAAUAUUCAACACAUUCACAGUCACUGAAAAGUAAUAUGGCCCUGAAACCUAGACAUUUUCAAACACCUGAAAAUGAGGAAGAUAAACUAAAGGCGUCAUUUCUUGGAGGCAAUGAGGACUUCAUGUACAGUUGGCUAGGAAGGGUUUCCUCUGGUUCUCAAAAAACAGAUUCGACCUUACAAAGUGAGCGUGUUGAUAAAUGCCGUGAACAGGAUUUGGAACCAGGCGAAGUACAGUCCGAUUCCGAUGAUGAUGGAGAAAGAAAACUAAUCUCUCACAAGUCAAGUAGUUCCUUGUCUUAUAUUCUGAGGGAGCGGGAUGAGAGGAUAACGGAUUUGAAACUUUGUGGUUCAUUGGAAAAGAAUAAAUUUUACUCAUUUGCAUUGGACAAAACUAUAACCCCUGAUACUAAAGCACUUCUCGAAAGAGCAAAAACACUUUAUUCUUCCCGGGAAGAAAACUGGUCCUUUCUUCCUUCUCGCUUCCCAACUACACACAGCUGCACGGACAAAAAUAAGGUAGAACUCGCACCCCGACCAAUUCCCUCUUGGUAUAUGAAGAAGAAGAAGACUCGUACGAACUCUGCUGAAGAUCUGCACAACAAAAAAGAGGAACUUAAGCCUCAGGACCAAGAACGCCAGGAACUGUUUGCCUCUCGCUUUCUACAUAGCUCAAUCUUUGAACAGGACUCUCGCCGUCUGCGGCACCUUGAACGUAAAGACCAACAUUCUGAAACAGGUGUUGAUGGGAAUUUUGCUGAGCUAGGUGAUCCUGAAGUACAAAUAGAAUCUGAAGAUGUGGACAUUCCAACAGAGCCCAUUGUGCUAUUCCACAGUCGUUUCUUGGAACUACAACAACAAAAAGGGAAGGAAUUUUGUCCACUUGAUCCUGAUACUGAUUCAGUUUUGUUGGAAAUGAAAACUAAUUCUGAUCUAGUUUGUGAAGAUGUUUUUUAUGAUAAAACGGCCAACACACGAUUAAAGGUUGAUGAAAAAUCCGUCAGCCCCCAUUCAAAUACACCUGUUUCCCCAUCUGUUCAAUACUUAAAAGAAAUUUCUUCACCUGAAAAGCAAGACACUUUAACUCCAUUAAUUGAUAAACACGUGUCAUCUAAACAAGAAAACGGUGUGGCAACAGUACUUGAGAGCUCUCCUUCUCCUCCUCUUUUGAAAAAUAUGAAAGCAAUCACACCUAAACAGAAUGUAAGUCCACAACACAUAGUUGUAGAGACUGAAAAUGAAGCAGAAGCAAAAGUAGAAGUAAAUAAAACCAAAACAGAAAACAUUGAUGGUUCGCCAAUCGAGCACAGUCAUCCUGUAGGAGAUAAACUAUCAACUCCAGGGGGCUCUGGAAAGAGUUUUGUACAGAAGAAUACAGAAUUUACAUUCACUGAGUAUACAAAGGUAGAAGAUGAGUGUAACCACAAGACACAAAUUCAAAAAAUCCAUAAUUAUGAGGAGUCCAACAGACCAGAAAUAGUCAAUGAACUAUUCAUGACCAAGGUUGAAGUUGAAAUUAAACCGACGUCUAAUCGAAGACAACCCAAAAAUAAAAGGGCAAAACCACACACAACAGUACGCACACCGCAGGCUAUCAAAAAUGUCAAAACUAAACCUGCCACACGAAAGAGUGAACGUAUUGAUAGAGAGAAGCUCAAAAGGGUAGCAUCUCCCCGAUUAGAAGUGCCCAAAGAAUCCUCGGAGAGCAAAAUUGCACCAAAAUCUCCAAUUCAUGCAUCUGAUUCUGAACAAAACAUUGACUCUGGUUUGGUUCAUGGUAGAACACGUCGAAGAAACGUACGGUCAGUCUACGCCACUAUACAUGAAGGACAGCAGUCUGGCAAAGGGAUCGUGGAAACACCCCGAACAAUGCGCAAACGUGUUACAGACAAAGAACACAUGCAGCAAGAUGUUCAAAUUCCAUCUACUAAUCCAAGACGAGGGCGCCCACCAAAAAGAGGUGGCAAACGAGGUGACCAUAUAUUGCCAGUAAAAGGGGAUCUACAGAAGAAUAUGCAGGGCCACACAGAGGACGAGGAUACCUCAACUACAUCGGAAGUUGUGAAAUCAUCCGAGGGAUGGCGCUCUCCUAGAAAAGUACAGCAAACGCCUCUGACUGUAUCAUCACCCGUUAACAAAAAAAAGGGCUUGAAAGGAGGAUUAGAGAAACAGUCUGGAGGCACCACAGUCCAAGUUGAAAUAACUGAUAAUGCAGGUUGCAAUGAAUCAGAGUUGAAACCCAAAGCUGAUUCGGAUCCAAUUGCAAACUCUUCAGACACAAAUCAGCAAACACAAAAAAAAGUACAACACAUCACACUUAACUCGACUGAUGAGAAUAUUGAGAACCCAGGUACAACUGUCCUAAAGAGCAGAGUACCUGAAAAAAGUGUCAAAAUGAAAAUAACAAGGCUAAAAAGAAAUACCAAGCAGAUCACAAAGGAUAAAUCCCACAGUUUAAGAAAUCUUGAAAUCCGUGUAAGUGUUGAUGAUGUAAAAGGUUUACUUUGUUCUGAAAAUAAUGACCCUGAUUCAUUUCAAGUCAGUAUUAAGAAAACCAAGACUCUAGUUGAGUCUGAAGAAUCAAAAUUAAUAUGCUUUCCCAAAGAAUCAAAAGAGCUUGAUGUGGAAAAUAAAGAUGAUGCUAUAUCUGGGUCAGAGUCGCCAAUGCAUCCAGCUGCUGUUCUUCUUGCACAUCAAAUGGAACUAGAGCAGGCAGUUGAAAAUAUAGCUAAACUUACGGUAGAGCAACCUCCUCGACUAUAUAAAGAGCCUGCUUCAGGUCAAGUGCGAGCAAUAUCUCCUCCAGUUACACAGGUACAAACAGAGGUUGAAGAGGAAAAGCGAGCUAACCCAUCAAGUGAAACAGAACUUGCAGCUGCUAUUGAUUCAAUCACAGCUGAAGAAACAUGCACGGAAGCAGAAGGAUUCACAUCUCAACCCACUUUCAAUGCUCUCAUUCCCACCCCUGACACUUUGCUCUCCAUUACUACCAAUGACAGUAUAGGACCUGAAACACAAACAGCAAUCAAUAAUAACCUUGAAGCAGACUUGGAGGGCGGUCUUUCGAUAUUGAGUCCAAAGUGUCUAAUAACAGAGUCUAAGAUUACUGAAGAUUCCCCUGUGGUCAGUACACCCAAGAAAAUGGGUAAAGUUAGACCCAAAUCCCAGAAGAAGUCAAGAAGUCGUAAAUGUUUUGCAAAUAAGAAGAACGAAGAUCUCACGCAUCCAGAGCCCUCCCCUUUGAAGCUACCCGAGUCAAUCCCAGAGGAUCCAGAAAUAAAAAAUUCUAAAGCAGCCGUUAUUACAACUGGGACUACUACAGUGGGAUCAGUGGUAACUGCUGUUGCUACUUGUAGGCAUGACGUUACGAGCUCUACAACUUUGGGGACACCCAAAGAGGCUGAACAACCUGAAGUUGAACAACCUGUACCUAAUGAAUCAGCUUGCCAUUCAGACUCAAUAGUCAUUUCCAAUUGUAAAAAACAUUCAAAACCAGCAGAGCUGUAUUCCUCUAGUCUUACCCCUUCAUCUUGCCGUCCACCACUUGUAUCCCAGUCAGGUGUACCAUUGCUACGACCUGCCAAACUUUUGCCAAACUGGCCUCCGAGAACUGAAGAGAGUAGAAUCUUUGUUAGUCCUCCAUGUCAUGGAACUAUGGUAACUUCUACUGUGCCAGCUUCUACUAUACCAACUUCGCUUGGACCAUCUUCAGUCAAUCCCCCAAUGCCUCCUGAUACCAAGGCUUCUGAUCUCCAUCCUAGUUCCAGUACCUUGAGAAAAAUUCUAAUGGAACCCAAAUAUGUGUCUGCAUCAAAAAGCAAUUCUAUUCCUACCACUCUGGUGACGACUACUUCAUCAGAUCCUUUACCUAUGUCCGAAAAUAAAAAUAUCCCUCUUGCUAUGGGUCCAAGGGAUGGGGAAGCGAGAUUAUCUGUACACCCUCAGUCUAUUCAUCACAAAUAUAAAUCACUGGCAGAGUCUCCUCAAAAUUGUAGUGAGAACACCCAGCAUACUGUAAUUUCCCCCGCUACCUCUGUAAUAAGCCGCAUUCCAGUACCAUAUGAUACAGAAGAGACACCACGGAUUUCUUUGAGCAGUCGAAGCAUGUGUUCUUCGUUGGCUAAACCAAAAUUCAAAGCAAAUUCCAAUGAGAAUCAUCGAUACUAUGGUGGUGAUGUCAUUGAAGAUGAAAUAAGACUGCGCUCCGUUGUUGAGAGCACUUCACGAGCCGUUCCUGGUCUUAGAGUAAAUACAUCAGAAGGUGUUGUUGUUCUGAGUUAUUCAGGUCAAAAAACUGAAGGACCCCACAGAAUGAGAGCCAAAAUAAGUCAAAUUCCACAAGCUAGUGCUGGAGACAUCGAGUUUCAACAAUCUGUGCCUAAAUCUCAGACAAAGCAAGACCCAAUUGUUUCCUUGUCCCAGUUACCUGACAAUAAAGGAGCCCCAACUCCAUCUAGUUAUGAGCGCACAGGGAUUCUCUUGACCAGCCAGUCUUAUAACUCUCAACCUGUCAUUUCCAGUAGCAAGCAGGAUAUCCGCAGAUGUGACAAGCCUGAAGUAUUAUAUCACACAGCAUCACAGGGCAGUGUGGUUAAGAUGCUUCAACAGCCAGUCUCUACUCCUCAAGUCUUAAUGUACAACCAAGCUGUGAUUCAACAGCAGCAUGGUAAGAGGCUGGAAACAGAGCUGCCACCCCAAAAAUCAGUUCAACACCAGUCCAGCCUCAGCCCUAUCAAGAGCCCUCACCACCUCUCACUAUCUGCAUCAUGCAUGAGCUCCAGUCCUGGCACACAGACUGAUCGCUCAGCCCUGCAAACAAAACAGGACCCCCAAUCUGCACAAACAAUGGUUCAAUCACCCUCACGUCUUGUCAAAUCCUGUGCUUCUAGCAGUUCUCCAGUGGGAAGCUCCGUUGUCAUGCCUCAUGGCAUGUCAUCCAUAUCAUCUUACAAUGCAACAAUGCAUCACCCACACUCAGAGCAGUCCUCUGUCAUCAUGCAACCUCAGAGUGUCACGCAUUCAGUGACGCACGAAAAAAGGAUGAAUGCUUCACCGAUGCCUGCGAUCAGCUAUGGACGAAGAAGUCACUCUCUGUCCUCUCCUCUGCCUCCGCCAAUACAACACUCAGCCAUAUCUCAGUCGAUUGUCAUCCGACAGUCUCAUUCAACUCCUCAGGUGUCAUUGUCUACUAGUGGUGAUGUCAGCAGUGUAAAUGACUUGGAACACAGACCUUUGACCCAACCAUUGAGCAGAACCUCAUUGCCGCAACUACAAUCAGAGUCUGUAUUGCUUCACAAUGAUCGUGGAGGGCUCCAUGCGAGCUUAAGUCUGGAUCAGUACAGAGGUGUGCAUCAGAACAUGCUCACACAUCAACAACUGGGAGAGCAGGCUAUCGAAACAAGAUUGUCACACACCCCAGAGAAUGGAACAAGUAAUAUCUCUGUGAGGAAGAAUGUUGAACUUUCUGGAAAGGAGACAUUCAAGGCAUUGGAUGGACAGCUGAUACAUUCACCAAACAGUGAAAGUAGAAUUAGGGCAAUUCAUACAUCUAGCCCUGUUAUGGUGUCUCCUCACCCUCAUGGCAUCCAGCUUUCUCACUCCGGAGGUGUGACCUCCUUUCCAGUUUAUCGCGACCCACGGGGUUUUCCUCCUCAGUUAACUGGACAUUCUUCAUCAGGACGCAGCACAUCUUCCCAGCCUGAGAGUCCCCACCUCUGCCGUUCUACCUCUUCCAACAUGUCACAAAUACCACUGGAUGGAGUUUCCCCCUCAUACCAGUCUCCCAUGACAACCCCGAUGGGCCUGAAUCACAAGCCAGAUCAGUCACUACAGAAAGGCACUCAAGCUUUCUCAACAACAUCUCUGCCUACAGUACCCACAUCGUCAUUUCAGCUCCGACCUGAUGCCAAAUCAGAUCGUUCAGGACACCGCUCAAUUGAUAUGGUGCAGCUUUUGACGAAAUAUCCCAUCAUGUGGCAAGGUCUUUUGGCAUUGAAGAAUGAUCAAGCUGCUGUCCAGCUGCACUUUGUUUCUGGCAACACUUUACUGGCUCAGCGCUCACUGCCACCGCUAGAGGGAGGUCCUCUUCUUCGCAUUGUUCAGAGGAUGAGGCUUGAAGCAUCUCAGCUGGACAGUGUUGCAAGACGGAUGACUGUGGAAAACGAUUACUGUUUGCUCCUUGCUCUGCCAUGUGGUCGAGACCAGGAUGACGUACUAAGUCAAACGCAAGCAUUGAAAACUGGCUUCAUCACCUAUCUGCAGGCCAAGCAAGCAGCUGGCAUCAUCAAUGUGCCCAAUCCUGGCUCUAAUCAGCCCGCCUAUGUGGUUCAGAUUUUCCCACCAUGUGACUUUUCCGAGAGCCACCUGUCCCGCCUGGCCCCGGACCUUUUGAACAGCAUCUCCACUAUUUCACCUCACCUCAUGAUCGUCAUCGCCUCUGUUUGAUUUGAUUGAUUUGUCUUUCUAAAGCAAAGCCAACACCAGCUGUCUUUUGUAAACUGGAAUUGCCUCAUAUUUUUUAAGAAAAUCUCAAUUAAGCAUUUAAAGCAAGUUUUUUCCCCACUUUUUUUUUGGUUCACUUCACCAAGUCCUUAAUUUUCUCAAUGGCGUUAGAGUCCAAAAAUGUUACUUUUGAAGUACAGGGCGUUUCUAAGAGCAUUUCUGCUGAAUAUUUCAAUGCUGCCAUUUUUUGAAGGCAUUGGCAAGGCUGUGGAAUCUAAUGUUCAUUUUUGGAGAUUUGACUUGACUUAUUUUUUUGUCUUCAUAAAAGCGAUUGUGAUUUUUUGAGGAGUCAUUGCACUAUGUACAAGGGGAAAAAUGUGAAGUUUGUAAAUAUUUGAGUGUAAAAUGAUCGAUGUUAUGCUAUAAUCCAGAGAUCAUGAAUAAUUUUAGUCCGCUGCUUUUGCUCCAUGGCCAAACUGAGAGUUGUACAGUUUACAGUCAUAAGUUAGUUUGUCGCAUCUUUUGUGGGCCAUUGCGCAACUGUAAAUAUAAUAGUUCAAGACUGAUGCAAUGUGGAGAGACCAAGUGAAUUUAUUAUUCCUCAGACAUCCAUGUUUUCAAUAUGUUCUUCUGAAAGUUAACAAAAUAAUGUCAUCCACAAAAAACGUUUUUGAAUUAUGUGCCAAAAUGUUUGUGCUUUAUGUAAAACAAGGGGGGGGGGGGAGGAGUAUAAUCUAUUUUAAUAUAUGACUUUGUAUUUUCAUUCCUUUUUGUGAAGGAAUGUUGGGAAUAUUAUUUGAUCCCUGUGUUUGUGCACUGCUGAUUUGGUCCCCGACUGCUCCAAACUGUCUAAUGACAGAUGUGCAAUGAAUGUGACUUGAACUUGCCAUUAUGCCGCUAUUGGAUGUGUUUGUUAUCGUCUGUCCCCUGUGAUUUGUCCUUCUGAAGCAAAGCUGUAAAUACUUCCAUGUGUCCUCCGUGUGUGCUCAUAUUUGCCUGUGUAGUUAUUGUCUGAGGAAAGGGAAUCUCGUGUAAAACCGAUGCUGAAAGUAAAUCAUGCUUGUCAGUCCUAUUUGAUGACUGCAGGCUCAAUACUAUCAUUAUGUUGAAGGCACUUAUCAUGUUUUGAUAAAUUAGAACAAGAAACCGAUUGAUACGAAAACUGUCUUAAUUUGGGUGUAUUUUGCUGCUCCUCCAUGAGGACAUUUUUAACUGUAAAAUAUUUUGUUGUUUAACUUCUGAAGAUCAUUAAAUGGUCCAUGAUAAAGUCUUUUCUUUUCUUAUUCAUUUUAUGAUUUUUUUGCAU